AACUGGUCAAUAUGUAACUGGCACUGUGUCAAGCAUAGCCCUCUUGUUGAGUAUUCAGAAAUUUUCUUUGACUUCGUUAAGCACACACGCACAAUAUGACGGCCAAUACUAUCAAAAUUGCAUGCUGUCUUGUGUGCGUCGUCGGGAUCGCUUUAGCAGCUCCAUCCACUGUUAAAUUGCCAAAAGACUUUGUGCAGUGUAAAAGAAGCGACCCAAAGUUAAACGAAUGUAUAAAGAAUGCUCUGAAAAAAGCCAUCCCACAUUUAGUUAAAGGUGUUCCUAUUUUUGGAUUGUACCCAAUUGAUCCACUUCGUAUAACGGCAUUGGGAAUAGACCAAGGUACUGGACCUGUUAGCAUCAAGCUCAACUUUAGGGAUUUAGACAUAUCCAACAUUGGAACCGUAAAAAUUAAUGAAAUCUUGGCUGAUCUAAAUAACAAUAAUAUUGCAUUGGAUGUACAUUUUGAAAAACCUAUUACGCUCGAUGGAAAUUACGACAUUAAAGGCAAAAUUAUCAUUCUACCAAUCACCGGUGAUGGUAUUUGCAAGAUUAGCCUUGAUAAUCUCAAAGCCAAGAUAAACGUGUAUUUAAACCCUGUAGUAAGAAACGGUAUCACCUACGUAGAUGUAAAGGAUAUAAAAUUAACGUUUACUACCACCAAAAUGCAUAUUAAAUUGGAUAAUUUGUUUAAAGGAGAUAAAGCUCUUGGAAACAAUAUGAACACGUUCCUCAAUGAAAAUUGGAAAGAUAUAUUAGCUGAAUUACAAACCAAUUUUGAGAGCGCCUUGGCUGCCGCAUUCUCUGGAGUUGCACAACAAUUCUUUUCUAGAGUACCUUAUAACCAAGUUUUUAUUGAAUAGACCAUUAAGAUUCUUUAUUGUAUUUUUAAACGUGUAUUAUUAAUUUAUUAUAUUUAUAUAUA